AUGGAUUCUACGUUGUCGCCUCCGCCUCGCCUGCACGCGCUCUCGUCAACACCGAUCUCGUCGAAAGCUGCCAGGGCGCAGAUAGAGAGCUUCUUGGAGGACUAUCAGGCUCGCAGCAUCGGUGCCAAAGCUGCUGAUACCGCUCUUGUCGUACAACUCGACAAAUUGAGCACGGCACUUUACGAGGAGCGACAACGGAAGAGAUCAGAGAAAUCUGCUUAA